AGCCUCUCUCAUAAAAUGCUCAUAUAAAAUGCGAUUUGACUGUAUCGAAAAACGAUUUGCUCACGCAUUUGGAGCAUAUUCUGGUGUCGUUGUACGGCAUCCGUUCCCAUUUUUUAUAAUUCCCAUACUGAUCACUGCUGGCUUAUCGACUGGACUUUUAAGACAUGAACAAGCAUUUAUGAAAGAUGAACUUGAGCUGUAUACACCGACAGAUGCUCAAGCUAGAAAGGAAUUAAGCCAACUUGAUCACUUGUUUCAUAUUAAUGAUUCUGAUCCGUUUUACGCGACGAGAAGAUACGACAUUCGAAGAGCCGGUUAUAUAAUAGUGACGAAUCAAGAAGAAGAUGGUGAUAUUUUGAAUCCUUUGGUUAUGCAUUCAGCUAUGCAACUUUGGAGUAUUGUACAGUCUCUGACCGUAGAAGACGAGGACGAUCGUCGCAUCAACUACCCAUCAAUCUGCGUGAAAUUUCCAAUUCCUCCAGAAUUCAGCAAGGCUCUGCAUUCCCUGUUCGCGCCAAAUAUGACCACACCCGAAGAAAUAUGUGUCUCAAAUCCACUCGUUGAGAUUUUCAAGCUGCUUCUCGUCUCGGAUCGAUCGUUUUUGAAUCGAUCAAUUGACGAAAUGACUCUAUCCCAAAUCUCCGAUGCAAUUCAAUUCGAUAGUGGAGGAAUGACUCAUUUAUUAGGAGGUGUCACUUUAGAUGAUGAUAAGAGAAUUGCUGGUGCAAAAGCGAUGCUUCUUCCCUAUGCACUUCGUCACUCAUCUGACGAUGAAGAUUGGGUAGCCGAGAAAUGGGAAGUUCGUCUCGCCGACUUUUUGUUGCAGUACGACUCCCCAAUAAUUCGAGCAAGUUGGUGGACCUAUGAGACAUUGGCCGCCGAAUCAGCAAGAGAUCGUCUACAGCUUAUACAUAUGCUUCUGCCAUGUUUUGUGUGUGUAUCCAUCUUUACAAUAGCAUGUUGCUGUGUAUUCUCAUGGCGUCGUUCUCGUCCUUGGCUAGCAAUCGGUGGAGUCAUUUCGGCGGCAAUGGCAAUUGCGUCAGCAGUCGGAAUACUAUUACUGGCUGGUUAUGGAAUGACUAGUGUCGCCUAUUCGAUGCCUUUCAUUGUGUUUUCUGUCGGUGUCGAUAACGUGUUCAUUCUUCUAUCGGCAUGGAGAUCCACAUCAUCAACGGAAACAUUGGAACAUCGAAUGAAAGAAACAUUUGCUGAUGCAGCAGUUAGUAUUACAGUAACCUCAUUAACUGAUUUAAUAUCAUUCGGUGUCGGUUGUGCAACCCCAUUUCCAAGUGUUCAAAUGUUUUGUGCAUAUGCUGUUGCAGCUGUUAUCUUCACUUAUAUCUAUCAAUUGACAUUUUUUGCUGCUGUAAUGGUUUACACGAAUCGACGAGAAAUCAAUAAUCGACAUUGCAUCUUUUUUCAUAAAUUGAAAAAAGAUACACUUCCCGAGAAAAUUGCCGCUCAAGGAGAUCGAAGUUUCGAGAAGAAUACGAUUUUGGCGCAGUUUUUUAGAACGACAUAUUCCGAUUUUCUGUUGAAUCCGUUGGUUCGGAUUGUGAUUUUGGUCACGUUUUGUGUGUAUUUAGGAGUAGCUUCUUACGGUUGCACAAAAGUGAAACUAGGCCUCGAGCCGAAUGACUUGCUCCCAGAGAAUUCAUAUGGUAAACGGACCCUCAUGAUGGCAGAAAAGUACUUUUCGGAUUACGGUAGCUCCCUCCACGUUUGGAUGUAUAACCUGUCAGAAGUCGACGUAGCACCUCGAAAGAUCUGGAAUGUUCUGGAGAAAGAAGUGGAGCUCUAUGAGCACACAGAAUUCACGGCGAGCAGCGACUCAUGGCUCCGCACUUUUUUGGCUUUUGUGAAGCAAGCGGGGCUUUUGAUAACUCCUGAGAACUUUGUGUAUAUCUUGAAAAAUGUAUUUCUAUCACAACCACAAUUUGCGAAAUAUAAUCGAGACGUUGUUCUGACGGAAGAUGGUGAGCAUCUGGAAGCUUCGAGAAUUCCAGUCCAGCUCCGUCAUGUGGGCUCCGCAAACCAGUCGAGAGCGAUGAGGUUGUUUAGAAGAUUGGCAGAGACUAGUGAAUUGCAGACUGGAGUUUAUGCUGAUUUUUUUCAGUUCGCUGAACAAUACAAUGCAGUUCUUCCGGGUACCCUUUCCUCGAUCGCAUAUGCAGGUGUCGCUGUUGUUGCAGUUUCCCUUAUCCUCAUUCCAGAACCUGUCGCCUCUCUAUGGGUAUCCUUCUCGAUAGUGUCUAUUAAUAUCGGAAUUCUCGGAUUCAUGACGUUCUGGUCGGUUCGACUGGAUUUUAUUUCAAUGGUUACUAUUGUUAUGUCAAUUGGAUUUUGUGUCGAUUUUGCGGCCCAUUUGGCAUAUAAUUUUGCGAAGGGUCAAAACAUGGAUGGCUCGGAAAGAAUGAGAAAUGCUCUUUACGCUGUCGGUGCUCCAAUCCUCAUGUCGGCCACCUCAACAAUCAUCGGAGUGUCGUUUAUGGCAUCAGCCGAGUCUUACGUUUUCCGAAGUUUCCUGAAAACUAUUAUGCUCGUUAUUCUACUCGGAGCUUUACAUGGACUCGUAAUUCUGCCGGUUUUAUUAUCCAUGUUUUAUUGUGGAGGAUCGUCGAAAAAGGCAAAGGAGCAUAUUGAUGCUGUGGACCAAAAGCUACAAGCCCAGUACAACAACCCAGCUCGAACAGCUUCAAUACAGUUCCUGAGCAACCCUGAUCUCUACACAAUGCCACCACCUCCAAGCGUUGAAUACUCUCUUUCAACACUGGAAUUCAAUCGAACCCAGUCGAGACCUCUCGGUGCUCCGCCAGCGCUCACCGGAAGCCCAAAACGAGAAUUAUCGGGGCUCUCGGGGCCGCCCGAAUACGAGGAACACGAUCCGACGGGGCUCAGCACAUUCGGUGUAUCGCCUGCAGUUGUCGCGAACACUACGGGAAUGAUACCGAUGCGUGCCAAGUUGAAAUAUCCGAGCAGCAUGACACAGCGACGGGAUAGUGAGAGUAGAAGUACUCCUGAGCUUUAUUAUCCCUCUUAA